AUGGAUUUGAGGGUUGGUAGAAAGUUUCGUAUUGGGAGAAAGAUUGGUAGUGGGUCUUUUGGUGACAUUUACCAUGGUACUAACUUGAUAAGUGGUGAAGAAGUAGCGAUUAAAUUAGAAUCUAUUAGAUCAAGGCACCCACAAUUAGAUUAUGAGUCCAGAGUUUAUAAAUACUUGAGUGGUGGAGUGGGAAUACCAUUCAUACGCUGGUUUGGUCGUGAAGGAGAAUACAAUGCUAUGGUGAUCGAUCUGUUAGGACCAUCAUUAGAAGAUCUUUUCAACUAUUGUCAUAGGAAAUUUACCCUUAAAACGGUAAUCAUGUUGGCUUUGCAAAUUAUUUGUCGUAUUCAGUACAUUCAUGGUAGAUCAUUUAUCCACAGAGAUAUCAAACCUGAUAAUUUCUUAAUGGGGGUUGGCCGUCGCGGAUCAACGGUUCAUGUUAUUGAUUUUGGUCUUUCCAAGAAAUACAGAGAUUUUAACACUCACAGACAUAUUCCCUACAGAGAGAAUAAAUCUUUAACCGGUACGGCAAGAUAUGCAAGUGUUAAUACGCAUUUAGGGAUCGAACAAAGUAGAAGGGAUGAUUUAGAAUCCUUGGGUUACGUUCUAAUCUAUUUCUGUAAGGGAUCACUGCCUUGGCAAGGUUUAAAGGCAACGACAAAGAAACAAAAAUACGAUCGUAUUCUUGAGAAAAAAUUGUGCACCAGUGUGGAAACUCUAUGUGCAGGAUUACCACAAGAAUUUGCGGAAUACAUGCUAUACUGUAGAAAUUUGAAAUUUGAUGAAAGACCUGACUAUUUGUAUUUGGCACGUCUUUUCAAAGAUUUAAGCAUCAAAUUGGAAUAUCAUAAUGACCAUCUUUUCGAUUGGACAAUGCUAAGAUAUACUAAGGCAAUGGUAGAAAAGCAACGGGAUUUGCUAAUGGAUACACCUCAAGAUAAUUCUGCGAAUGCUGCUACUGAUAAUAACAAUAUGAAUGCCGCUUCUAAUACACCUAAUAACAACAACAACAACAACGGUUCAUCUCAAGCGGCUGUAAAUCCAAAUUCAAAGAGCGAUUCUUUCAAUAAAGUUAAACUGCUAGCGAUGAAAAAGUUCGCUACCCAUUUCCACUACUGUAAGAAUGAGGAUAAACAUCAUCCAACACCUGAAGAGAUUAAGCAACAAUCAAUUCAAAAUAGUAAUGCAGCUGCGUUGUUACCAGAGGAAUUAUUAAGUGCCAUUGAUAAAGGUAUGGAAUCAUUGAAGCACCAGCAUAAUCAAGCACCAGCUCCCGCACCAGCACAAGCAGUUGCAGCAGCCGCAGUAACGUCCCAAACUGCAGCCGCUGCCGGAGCAAAUGCAACUGUUACAGCUCCUGAACCAUUGUUACAACAACAACAAAAGGAAUCUCAGUACCAACCACAACAACCUUUACCACAAAGAACUACACACUAUCCACCUCAACCCUCUCAACCGUUACAGGCAAAACAGGAGAAGCCUCAAGGGGAAGACAUAUGGCUAUAG